AUGGUAUUUAAACGUAAAAAACGUCCUGAAAUUUCUAAACCAACUAAUUUUCAACAUCUACGUAAAACAUAUUUUGAUAUCAAUAGUCAAACAUUAAAAGAUUUACCACCACAAUGGACAAGUAUAUUAACUGAUGAAGAUAUAGCACGAACAGCUAUUGCUGCAUAUGAACGUCAAAGACAAAAAGAACAACAACAAAAUACAAAUCAACAAUCACGACCAAAACCAUUAAUUGGUGAUCCUAGUUUUAUAACUGCAUCUGAUCUUGAAUAUCUUAAAUUCCAAACCAUUGUACGUGGUUCAGGAUCAAAUCAACAAACAUCGAUAAAUCAUCGACAAAUAAGUCCACCUAAAAUUGUGGAUGAUUUUUCAUAUUUUACUCAUAAUCAACCAGUACAAAUUCCACGAAAUACUCAUCUUGAUCGUCUUUAUAAUGUUAAAUCACCUGAUCUAUCUCUUGAUAUACAAAAACCAUCUGUACCAAAUUAUCAAAAUGAUUUUAUACUUCCAUCAA